GGAAAUGCGUUAAUUUCUUCUCUUGUUCCACAUAUGAAUCCUUCCGAGGGGGCGCGGCUGGAUUAUUUCUGUGAGGUUUUGUGUCACAGACAGACAGACAGAGUGGCUGCUAAUUGGGAUGAGAGUUGAGCAAAGUGAGCCGGCGGCGGAUUGUACCUUUAAAGCUUCUUAACGCAGGUGGUGUCGGGAAAAGCGCGCAAACGGAGAGUUGCCGGUCCCCCAGUGGAAAGCCACCGUGGGCACAGGGGUGGGGGGGCGAGGAUCAGGUGUCCGUGGGUGGGUGUGGAGGCGAUCUGAGCGGACACGGAGGUAGUUAUGGUUCGUGGAACCUGUGCGCGAUGAAGUGGCUCCACGGGCGUUCCAGGCUUUAGACCGAGGGGACGCAGGAGGAGGAGGAGGAGGAGACUCGGCGAGAGCGCACCGAACGAUACCCAGAUCCCUUCGCGUAGGGAUGGAGAGCACCGGAGCGCACGGGAAAACCCGGCUCGACCCCACGGCCGGGAGCGCAAAGGUGUCCGGGAGGAGCGCGCCGCGCCGGGGCCACCUCCACCUGCUGCAGCGCGCGCUGAUUUUUGUCGUCGCGCUCACGAUACGACCUCAGGCUGUCUGUGCAGUGGGAAUGUUUGAGCUUCAAAUUCGUCACUUUCAGAACCGCCACGGCCUGCUGCAGAGCGGAGACUGCUGUGACCUCCAGGCUGCGCUGGAGGCCCAACACUGCUCUGCUCGGGACCAAUGUGACACCUUCUUCCAUGCCUGCCUCAAGGAGUACCAGGCUCGAGUUGCGCCGACUGGAGCGUGCACGUUUGGUUCAGGUAGCACGGGGAUCCUGGGCGGAAACUCUCAGUUACUCCACCACCGGAGCCACGAUGGAGGAGGAGAGGACGGGAGUAAUGGACACAUUGUGAUUCCUUUCAAGUAUGCCUGGCCAAAGUCCUUUUCUCUGGUGUUGGAAGCUCUGGAUUAUGACAAUGACACGUCUGAAUCAGGACAGUUGAUUGAACGUGUCCUCAUCUCCUCCAUGUUGAACCCUGGUGAACAGUGGCAGAUAUACCACCACCAUGGACGGACUCUCAGUUUGGAGUAUUGGUUGCGGUUCCGCUGUGACACCACCUACUAUGGACCGUUCUGCAACAAGUUCUGCCGGGCUCGUGAUGACUUCUUUGGCCACUUCAACUGUGACCCAAAUGGUGCCAAGAUGUGCAUGGAUGGCUGGACUGGACCAGAGUGCAGAGAAGCGGCGUGUAAGCAGGGAUGUCACCAGACGCACGGAUCCUGUACUGUACCUGGAGAAUGCAAGUGUCACUACGGCUGGCAGGGUCCUCUGUGUGAUCAGUGCGUGACGUUUCCCGGAUGUGUGUACGGGAGCUGCACCGAGCCAUGGCAGUGUGUGUGUGAUGUCAACUGGGGAGGACUGCUGUGUGACAAAGAUCUGAACUACUGUGGCACUCACCAGCCAUGCAAAAAUGGUGGAACCUGCACCAACACAGAACCAAAUGAGUACCAGUGUGAGUGCCAGGAAGGUUUUCGAGGACGAAACUGUGACAUUGUGGAACAUGCAUGUUUGUCAUCGCCGUGUUCAAAUGGUGCCACCUGCAUGGAAGACCAGUCAGGCUUCAGCUGUGUCUGUGCUCAGGGCUGGACUGGACACACUUGUGCAGACGCGGUGAGGCAGUGUGAUCUGAGUCCCUGUGGCCGUGGUGCAACAUGUCAGGAGACCCUUGGUGGUUACCGGUGCCUCUGCCCACCUGGAUGGACCGGCAGGACGUGCCAGCUGGACACCAAUGAGUGUGAAAUCAGAGUGUGCAUCCACGCUCGCUCUUGUCGCAACCUGAUUGGUGGAUACCUAUGUGACUGCCUUCCGGGAUGGACGGGGCCUAAUUGCGACAUCAGGAACAGCAGCUGUCAGGGUUUAUGUCAGAAUGGCGGCCGCUGUGAGGAUCAGGUAUCAUCAUCAAGAUGUCUGUGCCCACCUGGUUUCUCAGGAAAAUAUUGUGAAAAUGGCCCGAGGCUGUGUGACAGUGUCCCCUGUCUGCAUGGAGGACAGUGUGUGGAGAAGGAUGAAAGGACUGUGACCUGCAACUGUCCGAUAGGAUAUUCAGGAAUGUUUUGUGAGACAGCGGUAGAUAUGUGCGAUCCAAAUCCUUGCCAAAAGGGGGUGCCCUGUCACAGCAUGGAGGGCAGGUACAUAUGCGCCUGCCCUGAUGGUUACUCUGGUAAUGAGUGCAUGAGCGUCAAAGACCCCUGCACUGGUCAACACUGUCCAGGCGCCGUAACAGACAUGACACAUGGGGGCAUCACCUUCUACAUAGUGCUCCUUGGUGUCUUAGCUUUGGUGACAGUCUGCGGCUGCACGGCCUGCGCAUGCAUCCUCUCCCACCUCCAUCGGAAACGCAAAAAGCAGCAAGCCAUUCCACAGGAGGAAGGCAUCAACAACCAGAGGGAGUUUGCUAACCUGAUCAGAAACGUGGACCGUCCUGUGCCCCUCAUGGACCCUGCUGCGCCCGUCACACACCCGCCUGCCCCUGUCUCACGUUGCUACGAGGAGAUUGAACUGACGCUGCCACCCUCGCCCACCCCUUCACAACCCUCCCCGGCAUUAAAGUUAGCCCACACCACCAAACUGGAUAUUUCAAAUCUUGAGAGAGAGAAGUUGAACCGUUUCUGCUAUGUUGACAAUCAAGAACUGGAGAUCUGACCUUUGCACUUCUCUGAGCUCUUGUUGGAAUUUUUCACGUUGUUUCAUUCAUGGGGCCUUAUCUACAAUGCCACUGUUUUGGUAGCAGCGAUUACAACACUACUAAGGCGAAAAGGCUGCUAAGUUGUUGAGUCAUCUGAUGACUGUGGUGACAAAUCGACAACAACAAAAAAAGCCCAUCACAUCGACACGCUUCCUUAAAGACUGUGGAACAGUUAAAGCCUGAGUUCAAGGAUUGUGUCAUUGGAGUUCAGACGCACUUUUCUUCUUGGGGCUGGAGUCUGACACACAGUGAUCAAUGAAUGGAUGUGUAUUUAACUCUGAAUGUGUUUCCGUGUUUGUAUGUAAGUGUGUGUAAGACUGAGAGAAAGAAAACACACGCAUCCGUGUGAUUAAAAUGAUCAGAUUUUGUUGGAUCUGUUAUUUCUGUUUUGAGAAAAAAAACUUGAUAGUCUUGUCAAAAAAGAGGCGUACAUUGGAUCUAGAGGUUUUUAAAGCCAUAUUAAAAAAUGACACUGUUGCCUGUAUUGUCUCUGUAUUAUUACAGUUGUCAAAAUGUAUGAUUUUUUUUUCAUACUUGUGUAAAAUACCUUUUUGUACAUAAAUACUCUGUACUGUAUAUGUUGAUGCUCUUUUUUGUACUGUGGUUUGAUCUGGAAAUAUCACUGUAGUACUUUGCUCUGUUUGUCCCAUUUCACUUUAUAUGGUGCAACAGGCAUUUAAGGAUUGUAAUAAAAGUGCAUUCAGCAACUGUAUGUAA